UCUGCCUUUGUCAUAAACGCACAUGACUAAUCACAUGGUUUCGCUAAAACACGGGGGUCGUGUUGAUAAAGGCAGCAGGGUCAAGUCACACGCAGCAUAAGGCAGAAGUAAUCCAAUCCAGAAUGAGGUGCCUGACUUUGCUGUACCUAGCAUCAGCACUGGCUGCGUGCUGGGCUCGUCCACAUCUACGCGCGCUCUCUCAUGAGAUGGUCAACUAUAUCAACAAAGCGAACACUACAUGGAAAGCUGGACAUAAUUUUGGCAAUGUAGAUUACAGCUAUGUGAAGCAAUUGUGUGGAACGAUGCUAAAAGGACCAAAACUCCCAGUCAUGGUUCAGUAUGCUGGAGACAUCAAACUUCCAAAGAAUUUUGAUCCCAGAGAGCAGUGGCCUAACUGCCCAACUCUAAAAGAAAUCCGAGACCAGGGUUCUUGCGGAUCAUGUUGGGCUUUUGGAGCAGCUGAAGCAAUUUCGGACAGAAUCUGUAUCCAUAGUAAUGCCAAAGUGAGCGUGGAGAUCUCCUCUGAGGACCUGCUGACCUGUUGCAUUGACUGUGGGAUGGGAUGUAAUGGUGGGUACCCUUCUGCUGCUUGGGAUUUCUGGACUACUCAAGGUCUGGUGACCGGUGGACUCUAUAACUCUCAUAUAGGCUGUCGACCAUACACCAUCGAGCCCUGUGAGCACCACGUAAAUGGCUCGCGCCCUCCUUGCACAGGGGAAGGUGGAGACACUCCAAGCUGUGAGACAAAAUGUGAACCUGGCUACAGUGUCUCUUACACACAGGACAAGCACUUUGGUAAACAAGCUUAUAGAGUUCCUGCCGAGGAGAAGCAGAUAAUGCAAGAGCUCUAUAAGAAUGGCCCAGUGGAGGGAGCUUUCACCGUAUUUGAGGACUUUCUUCAGUAUAAGUCGGGUGUUUAUAAGCACAUUACUGGCGAAGCAGUAGGAGGUCAUGCGAUCAAGAUCCUGGGCUGGGGUGAGGAAAAUGGAACCCCCUACUGGCUGGCUGCCAACUCAUGGAACACCGACUGGGGUGAUAAUGGUUAUUUCAAGAUCCUGAGAGGUGAGGACCACUGUGGCAUAGAGUCUGAGAUUGUGGCUGGUAUCCCUAAGUAGCGCCUAUGCAGGAGGAAAUUAUGAAUUCAAAUAUGGUUAUAUAGAAAUAAAAAUAAUUUUACAUAAUUUUACUUUUUUUAAAAAGGAAAAAUUGGACAAUUUUAGCAUUCAAAAGUACUUAAUUUUCAGAUUAUUCGGAUCUUUUUUUUUUCUGUUUUAGAUUAAUAAAUGGGCAUUGUGUUUUUUUUUUUUUUGUUGUUUUUUUUUUUAAAAACUAUUUGUUUUUAACAAGUGAUUCUACAGAUGUUUCAAAUAAAAUAUCAAAACGAGAUCCUGUAUUUCUUAAACAAAUUGUGACGAUAUUUUUAUGUAUCCAGUUUGUUUUAUCUGUGAAAUAAUUAAUGUAACAUGACCUCCUGCAAACAUCUACCAAUCUGUUAAUGGUCAUGCAGAUUAAAGUGAUUAAAACUUAA